UAACUUAAAUGAUAGACCAGAAAGAGUAAGACACGAGUAGCUGAAAAAAAGCCAAGAAAUGUGAUUAAAUUGGCGGAGAAAAUGCUAAGUGAAAUAUCUCAGUAUAAACAGCAGGAAGGGCAUGGUCUGUAGCCAGGUUUAUAACAAAUAGCACAAAUUCAGACAAACAGUAACUAAGAUUUCUAAACUUCAGCAACCCGGGUGAUGAAGUUAAUUAGCCCAAAACAGCAAAGUUUAAAUUUGUCAAGAAUACUGAUACAUUUAUAAGCCCAAACAGUAGUGGCAGAAAAAGAAAUGUUGCUGACUGAACUGAAUUGCUCCCACCAAGCCCUUUUAGGUCCAUUCAUUAACUUGAGAACAUGAACCCACAGAUAUGAGGGUUUGUUGUGUGUCAGUGAUCAAUAAAGGUGAAGUCAUAAAGGUGAAGCACGAUCUCUGGGCUGUUCUGACAGGGUUCGACCAGCCUUAUAACCAGUCUGAUGAACACUGUUCUCUGUUAGCAUCCUGGUAACUUCGGUUUAGAUUUGAACUCUUGAACAUUUUUUGCAAUGCUACAUCAAUUCCUUUUACUUUUGUUGACGUCCUCAGUCAGCACCGUCUCAGCAGCAGAUUGGUGCUAUCAGUCUCAGUACACAUGCAAUAACACCUGUACAGGCCCAGCCAGGUGGGGCAAAGUUUCUGAGCACUGUGACGGCAGAACUCAGUCUCCUGUGAACAUUGUUAGGAAAAGAGUUCUGCCUGACGGACGACUCACUCCGUUUCAGCUCAGUGAUUAUCUACACAGGUUCCGUGGUCAUCUCGUCAACAACGGUCACUCUGUUCAACUUGAUUUGCCCUCCCAUAUAAAGAUCAGUGGAGGAAAUCUGCCAGUAACGUACAAGGCACUUCAGCUCCACCUGCACUGGGGCAAACAUGGAGGACCAGGAUCUGAACACCUGAUAGAUGGAGAACAGUUUCCAAUGGAGAUACACAUAGUUCACCUCAAAGAAAAGUACCACUCAUUAUCUGAGGCUUUGAAGGACCGUGCAGGUUUGGCUGUUCUUGGAUUUUUCUUUCAGGAGUCUGAGUCUGAGAACAAGAACUUCAGUCCCAUCAUAAAUGCCUUGGAGGACAUCAUUCAACCAUACAACAGCACCAUGCUGGACCUGUCCCUGGCUGAGUUGAUCCCAGAUUUUAAAUCCCUUAAUGAGUAUUUCCGCUACGACGGCUCCCUAACAACACCGUCCUGUGCUGAAGCUGUCGUCUGGACUGUGUUUGAACACACCAUUCCUCUGAGCAGAAAUCAGCUCUCUGCAUUCUCCAAGCUUAAAUUUUCUGAUGGACAGCCGAUGAUUAACAGCUACAGACCAGUGCAGCCACUGAAUGGGAGACAGGUGUACUACUCUAGAGGCCAUCUUGCUACCACCAGCAACAUGCUAAUCCUCCUGGCAGCACUGGUUACAUACAGCACUCUCUAAACACCAGUUAUCUUCAAAGUAUAAACAUUGACCACUGAUCAGACAAAGUGUAUGAUCUGUGGUUAAUGUUUAUUAAAUGAAACGUCUACAUUCCAAGUUAUGGAAUUUAUUGAUUUUUAACACUUCAUUAUGUAACUUUAUGUAAUUUGGGGGGUGGAUAUACAGUAUAUGUAUUUAUGUAUGUAAGUAAAUGUGUAGUAUGUCAGUAAGUAUUGUCUUUAUUUUCAUGCAUUUUAUUUUUUAAUUUUUAAAAAGAAAUAACUACCAUAACAAUGUUUACCCUAUGGGGUUUGGUGUUUGUUUUUUGUGUUUUUAUUUUUAAAUUAACUGCUAUAAAAAUGUUUUGAAAACUGAUACAACUUAACUGUAGAAUAUAUAAAAAUCUUUUUCAACUGAACUUCUCAAAAUUUUGAAUACGUAAGUAGUAUUUUAUAUAUUUCUUAUUAUAUAUUUAUUUUUAUCAGAUCGAUUUUAUUUAGUUCCAUAAACUACCACUUGGCGGCAGUACUCAGCAAGUCUCAAAAUCUUAGAGACAGGUUGCAACUGAAUGUGGUGGACUUCCGGGUAAAAGAUUGAACUGACACACUGUUAUCAGGGCUAAAAGAAAAAAAAUAAGAUUUAGAAGCUUGAAGUUGUAUUAUUUGACUGAACAUUUUAAAGUAACACUCUUCUGGUCUGUAAUAUAAAUAUAACUAUAAAAAAUGUUUUUACACAUUCAGUUAGAUUUUAUGGAUAAUUUGAUCUUGUUGUUUUUUGUUUCAUCUAUAUUGUAUAGUUAUAAUUUGUUUUGUUUUUUUAUCUCUUGGUUGUUUAAACUUAAUUUUAUGAACUGAAAAAAAAAGUUUUACAUCAGAAACCAGAACAAUUUUGACUGAUUCAUUAGUUCAUGUAAAGUUUUACUAAUCAUUUCUCCUGUCUUAACAAGUGCCUCCUCUGUGGGUUGCUUGGUUCCUUUCCUCCACUUCCUCUUAUUUCUCUGCGUGACUCUGAGGUCUGAGCUGUUGUGACUUUAUCAUCUCUUUGCAAAUGUUCUGUUGCUGCAAGUGCAUUGUUGCACAUCACUUGUGAAGACAUUAAAGGUCUUUGCUGCACCACCCCCACUCACACCUCAUCUGGGACUCGCAGAUGCAAGUGACUUCUCAGUAACACAAAUAAUACGUUAACCACUUCCUGUCACCGAUGCUGCAGCUUUCAGGCAUUUUUGCCUUUCGAAAAGAACAAACGUCUGUUGUGAACAACAGACGUUCAAACUGAAACCUUGCUGUAGAUAUUUUCUUGUCAUAGCAGCAGCUGCAGGCAGCAAGGUUAGCAAAGAGAUCUUGAAGAAAGCAGUUGACGUUGGACUCGCCCCAGUCUGAUUUUUUUCCCCCCCAAUCUACUCUACCAAAUGUUGACCAUCAUCUGCUUGCUGCCGUGUUUGCUGGUGAAGGUGGUCACCCAGGGAGCAAACAGGGAGUCCACUGGUUAGAUGGUUGUGGUAUUUAACAUGCCUUUGUACAAUAAAGGAUUAAAGGAAUUAAAUUAAGGGCAGAUUAAACUAAACGUGACUGAUGUGAUUGACAUGCAUUGAGUUAAUAUAAAAAAGUUAUGGUGAUUUCCAAGAACUGAGUGCUUUGAAGAUACAUGGAGAAAUUGCUUGGUCGGUUGGAUGCAGUUCAUUCAGUCCAGUAAAAUUUGAGUUGAUACAAUUUAUUUAGCUGAAGGUCAACAGAAUUCAUGGAUUUGCCUUGUGCCAUAUACACAGCUACCUUCACUUCACUUUGCUGUCUCAUCAUUUUCAAAGGAGGCAAUGACUUCAGUGCUGGUUAGCAUGGUGCAGCAUUUUUCUGGUACUUCUUGGUGCUAGCAUGCUAAACAAAAUCUGCAUAAUGGAGCGCAUUUCACACACAUAUUUGCAAAACACUUCUGAAAUAAUCCUCACUUAAGACUGGGUACAUUACAAGUCUUACACUAUGUUCUCAUUGCUGUACUAUUUCCACACUGCCCACUGAAGGUUCUGCCAGGAGACCAACCAACAUAACCAAUAAAGGCAAUGAGUACUAGUCAGACACAAGUGGGGCAACUGGACAAGCAAUGUAUUUCUUUCAUGACUUAGUAAACACGUACAAAUAGGGUAUUUAUAAGAAAGACAGUUUACAACACUUACACUAAUGAAAUGAUUUCAACUGCGAUAACGUGUGAUAAAAUAAUUGUCGGUGUUAAUGAAUUUACGACUUAACGCAAUAAUAACACAUUAAAAUGCCAAGCCCUAAUAUACACAUCUCUUAUCAGUCUGCAUGUCUUUUAUUCCUUUUAUCCCACUAUGUAGUUAACAGCUUCCUUUAACUUUUUUUGUGUAACAAAGUCAAACUGGUCUUUGAUAACAGAUCCUUUUUCUAGCUUCUUUCCUUUCUUGGGUUUUACAUUGGGCUGCUUUCAGUUGUUGUGUUAAUGCCAUAACUCAGGAACUCAGGACUUCAGGUUUGUAAUGAGAAAUCUUUAAUCUUAUACCUAUUGUUUACUAUUAUCUGCUGUUCAGUAUGUCCUGGUUUUAAAAAAUGUUUGCAUGCGAGUAUAUGAGAUUAAAUUGUUGUACAAAUGUCAACAAUAAGAUCAAAAUCAUGAAUAAAUCAUAACAAAACAGUUGAAUAUUGCUAAUAUUUAGGCAAGACAAAUUCAGUUUAAACUUGCCUCUCUACCUUUUCCUCCAAACCGCUUAAUCUUGACUUUUCCUUUGAUCAUUCUGACAGCACACCUAACUACUGUCUCAAUGGAUUUGUGUAUGUCUUGCACGACCCUCACAUACUUCUCUGCCACUCCUGACUGUCUCAUAAACCAUGAACCCUUUCCUUCAGCCAAAAUGUCUUUACUUAAGAAGACACAAACCCUUCUAGGAUACAAACACUUCCUUGUGUGUUUGUAUACUUGUUAAG